AUGGCAGCCAGGCUCACCCCGUGCGGCUACUUCCUCGUCGCCACCGUCGCCCUCGCCGCCCUACUCAUCGCCGUCGGCCACAGCUUGAAGGGCCAAAGCACGCCGAACGGCGAACUUCCAUUCUGGUUCGAGGUCACCACCUGUGCGCUUGAGCAAGCUACCGGCGCCGCGGUGGGAGGCCGGAAGUUUAACGUGUACUCGAUCGAUGGGGGAGGCGAGUGCGGUGGCGAUGGCGAUCAGCGAAUGACGCUCACCGCCAAGGACGGGCUUCGUGCCGGCGGUCUAUACUUUCCGGUCAUCUUACUCCAAUCCGAGUCGUACGCGACUCUCGCCUACUCCAUCGUCGACGGCGACGGGAAGGUGGUCACGCCGACGACACUGCUCGAACUGGGCCCGCAGCAUCUGGAGGGCGGCAGCUUCUCCGGCAGGACAGACUACCCGUGGCGAUACUCCAGCUGGCCGCCCGCCGCACCACCGGCUGCCCGCAAGCUGGCAGAGGGGCGUGAGGAGAGCGUGGAGGAGGAGGCUGGCUCUGCGCAAAGGGCGGGGGCGGCGGACCUCUGGCUUGACUUGAGCGGCUGGGAGGAGGAGGAGGUGGAGAAUUCGGCGCAGGGGAAGACGGAGGAGGAGGAGGGGGUGGUGGCGGGGGAGGAGGAGGCGGAGGCGAGGACGGAGGAGGCGGCACGCCGCGCCUUGUCGGCCUCGCGCCGCCGCGGAGGAGGGGGAGGCUUCAGCCGGGGCAGCAGCUUCAGCCGGGGCGGCUCGUCCUCUUCGUGGGGCUUCUCGCGCGGCUCUUCCACCUCCUCCCGCCCCUCCACCUCCUCCUCCCGCCCCUCUUCCACCUCCUCCCGCCCCUCCACCUCCUCCUCCCGCCCCUCCUCCACCUCCCGCUCCCGCACCUCCUCCUCCUCCUCCUCCCGCUUCUCGGCCUCCUCCGCGUCCUCCUCCCGCUUCUCGGCCUCCUCCGCGUCCACCUCCUUCAACACCGCCCGCCGCCGCUCCGCCGCCGGCUCCGGCACCACCUCCUACUCUUCCCCCUCGACUCGCAGCUACUACUCCGCCGGAGCCGGCUACGGGGGAAGGAGCUCGUCCGCCGGCGCCGGCCGGUGGGGCCAGGCCACUCCCGCCUACUCCGGGCGAGGGUACGGCUACGGCGGCUACUACGGCUACGGGGGCCUCUACUCCCACAGCCCGCUCGGCCUGUACUACUCGCCCUUCCUCGGGUACGGCUACUACGGGCUCGGCUACCCUUACCUCUGGGGGCCGGCGGCACUCUACUACGGCAGCGCGCUCCACGUCGUGCGUCGGCGCCAGUACGCAUGCCACUGCUCGUGCGGCGGCGCGGCGGGCGGCGGGUCGGACGAGGGCUGCGAGGCGCGCGAGCACGAGACGGCGACGCUGGCUUCGGACCAGGACCGCCGCGGAGAUGCCGCCGAGAUGCCGCCGAGAUGCCGCCGAGAUGCAAGCCGCACCUCGGGAGCGUGCGGGUGCGAGGGGGUCGGUCCCUUGCUUCACCAGCGGGCUGGUUGGCUGCAGGACCGGUACGAGCUCGCGCCGGAGGACGACGAGCGGAAGGGCGGAGGCGCCGCCCGAGAUCUCACAGAGGGCUGCCCGAGAGGCGGCUUCCCGCUCUACCUGGUCGUGCACAACGCCACCGCCUGGGUCGACGUCACCGCCACGACGCAAGCCGCGCCGCCGCCCCUCUUCCUCACCCUCUGCACCAGCGACGGCGACGAGUACGGCGCGAGCGGCGGCGCGCUCUCCUCGUUCGGGUACGCCCUCCUCGCCGCGGGCUGCUGCGGGCUGCUGCUGCUCGCGUGCCGGCGAGGCUCCCUCUGCGAGAGCGGCGCACAGCCGAGGCGAGGGCCCGAGCUGGAGAUGCAGACCGCGCAGCACGGGUGGCCGAGUGCGACCGCCGCGUACCCCGGCGCCGCGCACCCGGGCGCCGCGGCCUAUCCCGGCUCCACGCCCGUCGCCCAAGUCGACCCCGUGACUGCCAUCGCCGGCUCCUUUUUGCGCGGCGUGGAGACUGCGGCAAAGGGCGUGAAGGAGACCACCGAAUCGUACAUCAACUCGGGCUGGCAGGUGAAGAAGCGGGCGGGUCAGCUGAUCCCGGAGAUCCGGCCGAACGCGGUCGACGUCCAGGCUCGCUCCGAAGGCAUCGCCUCCCUCGGCGCGGCCGCGGUCGAUGUGCCUGCGGUCGAGGGCGGCCUCGCGCGGCCGGCGCCGCCCGGCGGCGGCGCGCUGACCCAGAGCGACGGCGAGAUGGCGGACGAGUUUGUCGCCUUCCUGUCCGAGUCGAGCGCCGUCGAGGGCGGCGCGAUGCGCAUCAGCGAGGGCGGCGAGGUCUGGUUCCGGUCGGAGCGGGAGCUGGCGGAGAUGGUCGUCGGCUUCACAAAGGCGAAGCUGCAGGCUCUUGCCGUCUCGGCGCGCGCGCUCGCCCGGUACGUCAACGACCUGGAGAGCGAGCUCGAGGCGGCGGACGAGGCGGUGGUCGAGAUGAGGCGCAAGCAGCAGGAGGGGCAGCAGGGGCAGGCCGAGGCCGAGGCGCGCGCGCGCAGGCUCGCUGCGCGGUCGACGGAGCUCGAGGCGGAGCUGUCUGCGGCGAGCCGCCGCCUCGCCGACUCGGAGGCGGAGGUGACGCGGGAGCAGAGGGCGGCGGAGCGGGCUGCGGAGGAGCUGAUGCACGCGCAGGCUGCGCUCGAGGCUGCGGCGCGCACUGCGGAGCAGGGGGCGGAGCAGGGGGCAGAGCGAGGGGAGGGGGAGGGGGAGGGGGAGGGGGGAGGGGCGGCGGCAGCGGCGCUCGAGGCGGAGCGGCGCCGAUCGGUCGAGCUCGAGGAGAAGCUGAUCAGCGCCGAGGCUGCGGCGCAGCGCCGGGAGGAGGAGCGGGAGGAGCUCGGCAGGAGGCAGCGGCGGAUGGAGGCAGAGGCGGCGGCGGCGGAGGCGCGCGUCAGGGCGGAGGCGGCGGCGGAGCAGCUGGCCGCCUCCGAGGCGGCUGCUGCCCAGAUGCGCGAGCUGCUCGGGUCGCUGCAGCGCGCGGAGGGGGGCGGGCCGGCGGGCGCAGCGGGGCAGCCGGCAGCGGGGCAGCCGGCAGCGGGGCCGGGGGCUGACCCCGGCGGCGCGGUGUCGGAGGCGACGCGGCUCUCCUCGGAGCCGUCCCUCUCCUCGGAGCCGUCGUCGGGCGGCCCGCGGGCGGACGGGGCGGAGGCUGCGCGGUCGGCGCUGGCGGAGCUGCAGGAGGCGCUCGUCGCGUCCGGGGUGAGCGAGGCGGCGCCGGCGGAGGGAGGGGCGGAGCCGAGCGGCGCCGCGGCGCUGCGCGCCCUCUCCCGGAUGAAGAAGAGCGAGCUGGUCGACGAGUGCCUCUCUCGCGGCCUGCUGCGCGAGGGCGAGUCGCCCGGCACCGUCGCGGAGCUGCGGGCGACGCUGCGGGUCGAGCGGAAGCGGGACGCCCUCAUCGGCGAGCUGGUCGAGCGCGGCUUCGCGGCCUCGCGGGCGCGGUCCGCGCUGCAGGCCACCGGCUGGAGCCUCGACGCGGCGCUUGCCAAGCUCCUCAAGUGA